AUGCCUAAAACCAAAGAAAUCAUCUCAAUUCUCUCCAAGUUCACUCCCUGUGAUGUCCUGGACGCAUUGGUAAAAUAUGGAUCCACAAAUGGUGGAUAUUUGCCAAACCUCGUGCUUCGCUCUAAAGUUGCUUCUGGUGUGCUGUCCGUGGUCGGACCAGCGUAUACGGUAUUGUAUGCACCCAAGAGCGACCCCAGGCCAGCUGUAAAACAGUCGUAUAUCGAUGAAAUACCCGAGGACAGUGUUUUGGUGAUCGGAUUGCCAUUGUCUUGCCAGAAGCCAAAUGCUCCCUAUGUCACUGUGAACAAUGCUUUGUAUGGGGGGCUAAUGUCCACGAGGGCCCAGUAUCGAGGCUCCAACGGUUCCGUAGUUUUAGGUCGUAUUAGAGAUUUGGACGAGCACAUUGAGUUGGGCCACCCUGUAUGGAGCUAUGGAGUAGGUAGCACUGCUCCAGGACCUGUAGUCAAGGUUGUAGGUAUAAAUGUGCCCUUAGAAGUUAGAGUGGGAGACGAUGAGAGCGAAAUAAUCGGAAUAAACCCAGGGGACUUCAUCGUAGGCGAUAAGAACGGGAUUGUCAAGUUAGAGGUCGGAGAUGAGAGCAAGCUAGAGCAGAUCUUAGAGUACAUUCCAAAGAGGGUUGACGCUGACACUAAAGUCAGUGAAGAUAUUAAAAAGGGAAAGGGAGCUCUGGAAAGCCAAAAGCUUUGGAGAGGUAAGAUCUAG